AAUGUAACAACCCAAUUUCUGUGGAUGGGUCUGCUGGCUGCAGCUCUACAAAAGUGAUGCAGCGAAGGGUGAUUGCAACCCUGCCCAACAUCGUUAGCGCAUCGAUCGCUGUCCUGUGACAAGUACUCUAGUGGAAUCAACAGCCUUGCUGCACAUUUCCAGCUUUCGUAACUCGUUUCGUGCAGGUGAAGAACAAUGGCCCCCAAGCUUUAUGGGACGUACUAUUCCCUCGCCACUGCCAAGGCGAUCGCGGUGAUGCUGGAGAAGGAAGUGGACUUUGAGCUUGUCAGAGUCAGUGUCAAGGAUGGAGAGCACCGGAAACCCGAGUACUUAGCAAAGCAACCAUUCGGACUGGUUCCACUCCUGGAGGACGAGGACCUCAAAUUGUUCGAGUCUGGCGCAAUAAUGCGAUACAUUGCCGACAAGUACGAAGCUCAGGGAACUCCUAAGCUGUAUGGGUCGACCAAAGCGGAGCGGGCGCUAGUGGAGCAGUGGAUGGAGGUUGAGGUCGGCACGUGGGGCGCACAUAUGCAGGUCCUUGUGCGUGAGCUCAUCUUCACGCCGAUGUUGCAAAAGAAACCCACAAACCAGCAAACUGUGGAGGACACCAAAGUGAAGCUUCAGAAAGUGAUGGACACUUACGAGGCGCAUCUAACGAAGCAUCAGUACUUGGCAGGGGACUUCGUAAGCAUUGCGGACCUCGUGCAUUUGCCGGUGAGCUACUUGAUCUUGAACGAGUAUGGAAUGCCGGGCCUGUUGAGCUCACGGCCGCGGGUAGCAGCAUGGUGGGAAGCAAUCACGAGCCGGCCAUCCUGGAAGGAGAUCGUAAAGAAUUCGGGUGCGGACUGGGAGUCGUGGGUAAAGGCUGCAAAGUCCUUCAAGCCACAGUGAGAUUAGUUGAAGAGAGAUCGUUCCAGACAGGAGGUCAUCACUCGUGACUGGUCCUUAAUUCCGUAAUUUCGCAUAUAUGUUGGUAUAUUUGAACAGUGGCUGCUGUAUGAACACUCAGUACCAGUUACCUGCAGCAGAUGACAACCCCAUUCUCGGUGAGAUUGGUGGACAGGAAGAAGAGUAUUUUAUGUAUACAGAACCCUAAGUUUAGGCAUAGUGGAUAGGAGUAAUGUUUCAGCUGGGGCUGAAGAUUUUGUAGCGGGAUGGAGCUGUGAAAUAGCUCAAUUUCACGACCAAUUCCUGAGUAUUAAGAUUUGCUUCCGACACAAUUCAAUAUACAUCUGCAUUAAUAUUUCGAGAUUAACACUUUAA